ACUAACAUACCCGUGUUUCCGUUGCCCUCUCUGCUGCUGUUUGUUAUUUAACGUUUUUAACGGUUUAUCAGUUGCUUUUUUGGUCCCAACAGUUCUAACGUUAAACGCGUCGCUAGGUAACCGUUGGGUAACCGCUAGCUAACCGUUGGGUAUAUAAGAUGACGUCUAGGGGGACGCAGAGCCGCUUCCUUCAGAGCGUCCUUCAGAAUGGGGUCGGUCGCUAUGUCUGCCAGCUGAAGAGGAUCUCCAUCAUCUUCUCUAAAAACGCUCAGAGCUCCUUAGGAAUCAGGGACUUUAUUGAGGAGGGGGUCGUGGAUUACGCCAAGAAGAACCCAGCAACUGUUGUGUACGUGUCUCCUCAGUCCUGCAGGAUCCCCAAAAUAGUCGCAGAGUACUUGAACGGUAACGUGAGGGAAGAGAUCGUCACGAGUAAAACGUCUCAGCAGGUCUCAGAGCUUCUCACCAAGCUGACCAAUCAGUCCGGCCUGGACAUCAUCCGCAUCCGGAAACCCUUCCACACGGACAACCCCAGCAUCCAGGGCCAGUGGCACCCUUUCACCAACCGGCCCCCGUCCAUCGGCCCCAUCAGACCACAGAGUCAGAGCUCAGAGUAAAGACUGGACCAUAGAGAAUAGAGAAUCACUGCUUAACCCUUUAUUGGGCAUUAUAUUUGGUAACUUCUGUAAAUAUCCCAAAAUAUCCUUCCUUCCUUCCUUCCUUUCCUUCCUCCCUGCCUUCUUUCUUCCCUUCCUCUUUUCCUUUCUCCCUCCCUCG